UCCAUCAAAAUGGCUGCCUCCAGUGGAAGUGUGGGAUCGUCUCCUUCAUCAGAAGGCUGGUCUAAAUGGCAGAUAGGAUUGGCUGUUGGGGUUCCAGUAGUAGUUGUCGGUAGCUAUUUACUGUACAAAAGAAGAAAAAAUAAAAAAUCUGGUAAAGAACAAUCGCCAAAUGGAGCCAAAAAGAAAUCAAGCACCGGUGAAGAUAAGCCGGUUCAAGAUAAAUUGGAAUCACAAAAUGAUUUAGAAAAGGAGUUGUCACCUCUUGAGAAAGCCCAAGCAGAUAAAAAUAAAGGAAACAAAUAUUUCAAAGGAGGACGUUAUGACCAGGCUAUUCAUUGUUACACAGAAGCUAUUAAAGUUUGCCCACCAGAGGAAAAACAAGAUUUAGCAACAUUUUACCACAAUAGAGCUGCUGCAUAUGAAAAGCUUAUGAAUCUAAAGAUGGUUGUUGACGAUUGUACAGAGGCUUUGAAAAACAAUAGCAAAUAUACAAAAUGUCUGAUGAGGAGGGCUAAUGCUGCUGAACAGCUGGGAGAUUUAACACAGGCUUUAGAAGAUGUGACAGCUUUGUGUAUAUUAGAGGGAUUUCAGAAUCCAAAAUCACUGAUGACAGCUGAUCGAGUUUUGAAACAAUUAGGACAAUCAAAAGCCAAAGAAACUUAUGCUAAUAGAAAACCAACAAUGCCAUCAAAACAUUUUAUUAGAACAUAUUUAAAGGCGUUUACCCAGGAUCCAGUAAUCAAUGAAGCUGGUACCUUGGACCAGUCAUCUGUACAGAAUGGUGAGACAGACAUUCCAGACACAGACAGCCCCUAUUUUGAAGCUCUCAGACAGAUGAAUGCAGAGCAAUAUGAAGAAAUCAUUCCAAAUUGUACCAAGGAGAUAGAUAAUGAUCAGUCUUGUAAAUGUAUGGAAGCUAGACUUCUGAGGGCAACAUUUUACUUCCUUGGUGGAGAAACAGAGAAUUCUUUGGCUGAUCUCAAACUAUUGACAGAGGACGAUGUCAAUAAAAAGAUUAGAGUAAAUGCUUUAAUAAAGAAAGGCAGUAUAUUAAUACAACAAGGAAAACAAACAGAUGGAUUGGACUGUUUUGCUAAAGCUGUCAGGUUAGAUCCUGAUAAUGCUGAUAUAUAUCAUCAUAGAGGUCAUCACAACAUACAGUUAGAUAGAGUAGAUGAUGCUAUCAGAGAUUUAGAAUUUGCUGUAUCUAAAUGUCCUGCUUUUGCAGCAUCACAUGUGCAAAAAUCAUUUGCUGAGCACAGAAAGUCAGCUGAAAUAAUAGCUAACUCAGGUGCCAAAAUUCCUUUACCUCAAACUGUGAUAGAAUCUUAUAAAAAUAAUGUUACCAUGUUCCCUGAUAAUGGUGAUGCUAGAGCAUUGUAUGCACAGGCCUUGACAGAUGCAGGAAAAUUUGAUGAGGCUGACAGAGAGUUUGAAAAAGCAAUCAAAUUAGAACCAGAUAAUGCCACAGCAAUGGUACACAGAGGGUUGUUACAGUUACAAUGGAAACAAGAUGUUGAGGAAGCUAUAAAAAUAAUAAACCAAGCUAUUGAUGUGGAUAAUAAAUGUGAAUAUGCAUAUGAAGUACUGGGAACACUGGAAGUUCAAAGAUCAAACAUGCAGAAAGCUAUGGACUUGUUCCAGAAAGCAAUACAUUUAUCCAGAACAGAAUCAGAGAUGGCACAUCUAUAUUCAUUACUAGAUGCUGCACAUGCUCAGUUGAAGGUUGCAAAAAAUUUAGGAAUCACAUUACCUGGCCCAAUGGGUAUGGGAAUGCCAUAAAUGAAAAAGGAACCAGAGUUUGUGUAAAUUGUGAAUCAGACAUUUAGAUAUUUUAGAUCUACAGAUAAACAGAAGGAAAUUUCUUUAUGAACUAAAAGUUAUUUUGUGUUUUGUUAUUAACAGUUUGAAAAUAACUGCAAGAUUGAAAUGUUAAAAAAAAAAUUGUAAGACAAUACUGUAAAAUGGGAUAUUUCGCAAAGGGUUUAUUUUGGCUAGUUUUGGGGUUAAUGAAGAGAAAAUCAUGAAAAUAUCCCCACAUAUAAUUUGAUCUUAAAAGAUGAUCAAUAUCAAGAAAAAUGUGAAAGUAAGACCUUGCAAACAGAUUUGGCUUUUGAAAUUACCAAAUUUAAGCUUUGUGAAAAAACCCACUUUACACCACUAGUUCCAUUACUAAAAACAGAAACCUGUCAGAAUUGAAUUGUGAGGAACUUUACAUGUGUAAAACAGUGUUCUCCUUAGAAAUUUCUUAUAUCAUCCUUGUAAACAGGAAAUUAUGAAAUACCAUCUUUUCUAGAAACUAUAGCAUCACAUCCAUAACACAAUCUCUAAGAAACUAAUUUUAGAUAGCAUCACGUUCUAGAAAUAUAGCAUCACAUUACCAUGAUGCUAAAAGGCUCUGGGGAGAACACUGGUAAAAAUUUACAAUUAGUAGUAAACCUUUAUCAUUGCUGUCUUAGUUUUAUUUGAUCUUUAUAUGAUAUACAGCUCACAAGGUUCCAAAUCAUUUGAUCUGUGUGCAACAUACAGUGCUGAUAGGCCAAAAUCUUAGUUGUUUGUGAUUUUAUGAAAUAUACACCUCUGAUGGGCCAAAUUUAUAGACAGGUUUCAUUGUACUUUUGAUAUUAAAGUUUGGUAGAAAACACAAGGUUAAGAGGACCAAUAGCUUAUUCAAGUAUCUUGAAUUACAUAAGAUUAAUCAUGUUUACUUUAUUCUAAGAUACAUGAAAUGGGGAUUGUCCUCUCAUCUUGUUGUCAAUCAUGUUAUAAGUAGUUGCGCAGUUAAAAAAAAUGUGGCUGCUUAGGAUUACCAAUCUGCUGAUAGAUUUUAUUGCAAAUUUUAAUACAGAAAUGCUGUUUGUUGGCUUGAAUUUCCGUUUACCUGCAGAAUUUAAAACUAUAUAAUUUUGUGGUGCAUGUAAUUAAGAAAAUAAAAACUCAGAAAACAUUGAUGAAUGUAAAAAUUCAAGAGGUCAUUUAUGAGGGGAGACAGCUCAUAAGAUUUAGAUUUAUCAUAGAUUGUAUAUUUUGUACAAUAAAUUUAUCGUCUCUAUUUUAUAUUGCAAAUGAGUAUAGUGACAAAACUUUUCAUUUAAUAUUUUUGAAAUAUUUGAUAAAACCUGUCAGCUCGUUUCUUUUUAUUUAUUAAGUUUUUGUUGAGUUCAUCAAAUAUUUUUCUAGCAAAUAAUGCAUCUGUUAGUUCAUGUUUUGUUAUUGUCUAUAAAUUUGUGAAUAUAAAAGUUUUAUUUUCUAUAUUAUUAUAUUCCUCUUUGGGAUUUGUCCAUUUAGCAAAUAUGGUACUCCGAGCGAGAGAGAAUAGUAAGCCAUUCAUAAAUUCAACUAAAACAGUUCUCAAAUGUUUUCACUAAGAGAAAUAAACACCAAAGUUGUGAUAUUAGAUGUAAAGAGCAAUAAAAUUGAGAAUGGAAAUGGGGAAUGUGUCAAAGAGACAACAACCCGACCAUAGAACAGACAACAGCAGAAGGUCACCAACAGGUCUUCAAUGCAGCGAGAAAUUCCCGCACCCGGAGGCGUCCUUCAGCUGGCCCCUAAACAAAUAUAUAUACUAGUUCAGUGAUAAUGAACGCCAUACUAAACUCCAAAUUGUACACAAGAAACUAAAAUUAAAAAUAAUACAAGACUAACAAAGGCUAGAGGCUCCUGACUUGGGACAGGCGCAAAAAUGCGGCGGGGUUAAACAUGUUUAUGAGAUCUCAACCCUCCCCCUAUACCUCUAGCCAAUGUAGAAAAGUAAACGCAUAACAAUACGCACAUUAAAAUUCAUGUAUAUUUUGAUGGAAUCACUCAUAAGCUUGCUGUGUGAAUCUUAAUUAUGUCAAAUGCUGUUUUAAAUAAUAUGUAAUAAUAGCAUUUUGUUUGCAGUUAAGACGUCUUCUCUGUGAUAGAUAAUGUGACAAUUCCCCCCCCCCCCCCCCCCUUGUCUUCUAUAUGUUUGUUCUUUUGUAUAUUUUUGAUGUCUCAUUGACCUGACAUUAAAAUGAACCAAAAUAUGUAAGCAGAGUUUAGUUGUUUGUUUUGUAUCACAAUGUACAACAAUGACAUUCUGAAAAAAAAAAAAAAAAAAAAAUAAAUUUUAAAACAUGAAGUUAGGGGUACAAUUAUAAUAAUAUUCGUUUUUUGUACAACUGUGUGUGUCGCUUUAUCACUUGCCGAGGUUUAAAGAUCAUCAAAAUGUGGUGAAAUAAAAAACCAAACACAAAAUAGUGGUAUGUUUAAAACUUUUUUCAAAUUUUAGAUUUACAGAUAUGUUUUAAAUUUUUUAAACAGAAAACUCGAUCAAAUUCAUCUUAAAGAUUAUUCAUCUCAGUUGGAUAUAUUGGGAUUAUACAUAUUAUGUUCGAAAAGAAAUAACAAAUGAGUUUAUAUAAAAAUACAUAUUAUCUCCAGUCUGAGUUGUGUAGAAAAAGUGAUAAAAUGUAUUUUCCUUUGUUAACAAGUUUAUUUGUUAAUGUUGUAUAUACAAUGCUGGCUGUAAUUUCAUUCAUCUGUUAAGUCCAUUCAUUUACAGUUAUGUCACAUAAUGGACAGACUAAACAGACAAGCGUAAUGAGCCAACUCAAGGGUAGUGGUGGAUUAAUGGGAGGAUCUAUGUACAUUGUAUCCCUGCCCCCUUUUUUGAUUUAAAAAUUAAAACAUUUUUUAGCAUAAAAUUGUCCCCAAAAAAUUUGCCUCCCUCCGCUUGGCAGUAUAUAUUCUGUUUUCUGGAAUUAUGCCACCCUUUCAAAAAUCCUUGUUCCCCUUGAAAGAUACAUGUUCUCAUUACUGCACUUAAAUUGAUAUGAAUUGCAGAUGCUUGUAAAGAAAAUUUCUAUAGAUACAUAAUUAAUGUAGGUGAUGUGUUGAAAAUAAAUAGCAGAAAAUCUUUGAAGGAUGUCUAUAUUUAAAUACAUGUAGAUCAGAAUAUCAAAACCUGUAUAACCAAACUUAAUUUAUAAAUAUCAUUACAUCAAAAUCUUCAUCUACAUACAUUUGACGGUUUUAGUUGUGGUCAAUACCACAAUGUAGCCAUUCUGAAAACCUUAUUUAAGUUUUUAUACCGUAAUAUAUGAUUAUAUUUCAUUGACUUUGUUAUUUGGUUUGAGAGAGAUUUUGUUUUUAUUUGUGUGAAUAAAAUAUUUGUAUAUUUGAAGUGAACUUGAUACCAGAAUUAUACAGAUGUGGUAGGAACAUGCUGAUGUUGCACUUAUUAAAGAUUUGUUGUAGCUUUA